AUGGCUCGCGGUACGAAACGAAAACGCCGGGACGAUGGAAGUCGUCCUCGUAGCUCAGCUCCACCGAAUCGCCCGCAAAGUCCCAUAGAGUCUAUCGACCUGACUGAGGUUGAGGGCUCCUCCGCUCUUGCCAAAGCACUUGCAAAGCAGCGCGAAGAUGCCGUCAAGGCCCAAUCAAAGGAGGAAGCAGACAAAGCUCAGUCCAUGUUGACUGCAUACCAAUGCCCAGUAUGUAUGGAUACGCUAGAGGAUGCUACCAGCACAUCAUGUGGUCACCUCUUCUGUCAUAAGUGUAUCGUCGAAUACCUUCAAUCAAUCGACGUUCAACGUGCUGAGCAAGGGAAGCAGACCAAGGGAACAUGUCCGGUGUGUCGAAAGACUAUCACUCGGAACGAGUCGAGUGGACCUCGCAGGAGCCUCAUCCCAUUGAAGCUCAAGGUGGUCACCAAGAAGAGGAGACUGGUCACUCCUAAUAAAGCAUGA